AACAUUGACGCCGCUCACUAGCAACGGCAGAUCCUUGAGGCGAAGCGGCAACAAUAAGCUAUUCCAAUUAUUUCAUCAUGAAAUAAUAAUGCCUAAAGAAAGCACUGGGUGUUUUGCGUGGAUUGUGAGCUUCAAGCAAUCAUGCGACGAACGGUGGGCAAGAUUCAGAAAUCGACUCCGCCGACGAUUUUAUGCUCGGAGAGGUCAGAGAAUAGACCCAUCAACAAUUGUAAACGAAACUGGUACCAGAGACAUGGUUAUCAGUAAAAGUCCUUACAAGACAAACAAAGUACUACCAGAAAACUUAGUAGCUCCAAAGACAACAGUGACAGAAUAUUCUGUAGCUGUAGGAAGUGUAGCAGCUACAGGACUUGAUGACGUCUUUGAAAAACUAGUCGGAGAAUACGUUUCCGGUAUUAUAAUCAAAGCUGUAGACACUUUGAGGCUGGAGAGGUGGACCCCGCUGAGCAGCACAAAUGUCACUGUAGAUAACUCUGCAGACAGAGUAUCUUUGUCGUCCAGUAUCGUUAGCCAAAUCGCCGACAUAGCGGUGGCAGAAAGCCUAUCUAAUAUUUUGUUAGACACAAACAUAAACCAGUCCGCCAUUCGCAAAACUAUCAAAGAAUUUAUGGAAGUCUUUGGAAUUGUUGGCGGAGAAGUUUGCGACCAACCUACUGUCAGUGAAUGAUUGUUGAAAAGGGAGGCUACAAGACAAAGGGAGAUUACAAGACAACUGUACUUUUAGUUUAGAUUAAGCCUUUUUUUAUUAUCAUUAUUAUUAUUAAUAGUGUGUAUGCAUUUUCAUCUGUUUUAUGAGGUUCUGAAUUUUAUUUUUUGCAAUAAAGUUCAUAGAUACUUCAAAAAAGUGUUUUUCUGCUAGUGAACCCCAAACUAGGCUUGACAUGUACCAGGUUUGGUAGGUAUAGUUCAGCUGAAAUUAAGUGUAACUGCAUCUUUUUGCCUGGUUAUCAAACUUUUACGAGACAGUAUGCCCAUAAAAAUUGCAAGUUUGGUUACCAUUGGAUACGAACUAAUCAAGGUAGAGAACGGGAACUGUCAGUUUUCUCAAUUUCUAGUAAUUCACGGACCAUGACGUCACAGCGACUGUGACAAUCAGGGCUGUUACAUAU